AGCAUACUUAUAGUUCAUGAACCUUUAAGUCAUGGGAAACACAGCUGUAGUCCUCUCAGAUUGGAGUGCUAAGAAUCCAGCUCCUGUUCCAAAGAGGGGCACUUUCGUGGACAGACACAAGGAUGUGCCUUCUCUGCCAGAGUGGCAAAACUAUUUAAGGAGCUAUUCGACGAGAAUGAACAAGAACAAGAAAUGUAUGCACUGCUUUGCUGAAUACAAGAAUAUGUCAAGUUUGUUGUCACAUCUAGCAAACAACCAUCAUCCCACUGUCUCUUUCUCAACAUCUGAAUCUACAAGUGGCGAGCCUAUGUGUGUUGUCUGUAGAAAAACAUUUGCCUCUGUUAAAACUCUACAGAAACACAUUCAAACGUCAUGCAAGGGCUUUUGGAAGACACUGGAUUGCCCUGACACAGCCGAGAUCAGCGUUAAAACUGCUGGACAAAAGAGGCCUAAAUUAAAAUCUUUCUCAAACGAUAUGUCUAAAAGACCAAAAGUACAGCCUAAAACGAGUUAUAAACCACAGAUGGACCUAGAUAAUUUCUCAAUACCAUCACAGCUCCCUCCCUCUAAUAAAAAAUCAGUGAAAACAAUAAACUCAGGCUCCUGUAUUCGGCAGUUCUCCCGCCCUGUUGUCCCUCCACAGGCCACUAGUGGACCUGUCAAAACAGUCAAGACUCUUACACCGUUAUUACCUUCUUCGAUCAGCAAGUUAAAUAAUAAAGUCAGUAAAACCUCAAAAAGUAAAAAUAAGGCCCCUGUCAAAGAAAGAGUUUUCAGUAGCAGAAGUUUGGGUUUGGUUGAUUUUGAUAAAAUACGGACUACAGCUAGGACGCGGAACAUGGUACCUGGCUCGCGGAGUCUUCCCGGCUCGAGGAGUCUUCCAGAUUUGUCUUGUAGCGGAACGUGUUACAAGAACUCCGCUAAAGGUAAACCUGUAAAACAAGUCUUACCCAAGACUGAGCCAGGUGCAGACGUCCAAGAAAAAGUAGAGAGACAACCGGAAGUAAUUUUGCCAACCUCUCAUCAGUCAUCAGAAGGCCCUUCAAAUUCUACUAGUACACCACGUAAUGGGUCACCGAAUGUUGCCAUAGAUCCUAGCAAUCCUAGCAAAGCAACUCAGAAUGGUGUCAACAAAGAGGUGAAGAGUUUCCUUAUCCUCAAAGUCAUGCCCAUUCUGUCAAGUAACAAAACGGGAAUGCAAACAAUUUUACCGAAACAACCUACUAAUUCCUACCAGAAGAUAAAGCCUAAGCCACAAAUUGUUCUUCAGAACUCAUCUAAACCGUUAUUGGUCUUGAAAAUCCCUGAUAUCAAAGGAAACAGUCCGCAGCAGCAGUCUACGGAGCACAGUGGCAUAUUCGAUAAAAACCCGGGUAUUAAAGCCAACAAGACGUACGGACUUACACCUACUAGGAAGCGCAAAUCUCCCUCCGAUAGCAGAGACGACACCGAGUUUGAUGAGGAGAUCAAAUAACGCACUUUGAUUGGUCAGUCUCCAUCACGUGACUAAAAUAACGCACUCUGAUUGGUCACUCUCCAUCGCGUGACUAAAAUAACGCACUCUGAUUCGAUUGGUCGCUCUGUGAGUAAUAAGAAUAAGAAGACUAAUAAAUGUUUGAAUGAUUUGCAUCAAAUGAUGGGAUUGGUGGUGAAAAUCUGAGAAACUUUGAGACUUUAAGAUACUCUCUGGACUUGAAUCCGCAAAAAUAGGGAUAAUAUAAUUUCUGUGAUAAAAUUUAGUGUUUGUAACCAAAUUUUUGACCAAGAAUAAGACUAUUUAUUUUUCACACGAUGAAUAUUUUGGUAAAGAUUCAGUAUAAACCCAAAAAUAUCAGCUCCUAGGUGAGCUCUCUUCGAGAAGGAAGUCCAGCUUUAAUGUGUUGGUUAAUUGGUUAAUUGGUUAAUUAUCGUGCUGUUUCUAUUACUUCGUUAUUGUUCUUUGUGAUAAGUAUUGAUAAUUUUCCUGAUUGUUUCUAAAGUAACCAAUAUAGGUGAAUUGGCAAUCUUUCUGAAUUUGUCGUUUUGGAUAAUGCUGUUUGAUUUUAAUUGGUAGGUCAAGGUUUUGAAAAUUAUAUUUAUGGAAACCUGUAUUUGAACGUCAUUACCUGAAAGAUACUUAAUCAUUUAAUUAUUGAUAUAAAAUCUGACUCCAUUUUAAUUGUGCAUGAAUUUUAUCUCGUGAUAAUUUAGGGCAGGAAUUUGUCAACUUAAGCACGUGAUUUUGUUGAGACGGUUUGUCAGAAUCAAUUGUGCUUUUUUAGUUAAUCUUAGGAAAUUAAUAAGUUUUAUCUCCUUCUAGUCUGAGAGUGUUGAAAAUACAUAGUUUAAAUGAAAAAAAUUGAGUUUCGAAUAUGAAUUUAAAUUUUCUUAAAAACCUGAUUUAUUGUACCGAAUGCUAUUUGACAGACUUAUCACCUUGACUAUCAAAAUUAGGUUCGAUUAUAACAGAGGAUCACUAAUUCUCUGAAUCGUUUAAUUUUCUAGAGAUCUAUCAUUUCUGUACUCUUUUAUUUUAAUAACGCUUGUUUU